UCUCCAAAUGUCAUCACCACCGGAAACAAAGGAAAUGAAAAAAUUUCCAGCAACAAAUGAUUCCAGCAGCAUCACUAGUAAUGAACAUUACACCGAUGAGAAGACUAAACAAGUACUUCAAUUCAUAGAACAAGUGACAACAAACGCCGGUGAAAUCCAGAAUCAAGUCCUCAAAGAAAUCUUAUCUUGCAAUUCACAAGCCGAGUACUUACAAAGACAUGGUUUAAACGGAUGUACAGAUCCUGACACGUUCAAGAAAGUCGUCCCAGUUAUUGCCUACGAGAACCUUAAACCUGACAUCGAUCGUCUCGUUGCUAAUGGUAACAAUUCACCCGUUCUCUGCGCACAGCGCAUUUCGCAGUUCAUGCUCAGCUCAGGAACUUCGUCUGGAGCGAUGAAACUGAUACCAUCAACAGAAGAGCAAGCUGAAAGAUCAUGGCACUUAUGGAGCCUAAUUCCGCCGGUCGUAAAUCAGCAUAUUCCUGGCUUAAACGAAGAAAAAGCAAUGCAGCUAUUUUUUGUGGUUGCGCAUAUUACUACACCAGGUGGAAUAGUGGCCUGCCCGGUAUCUACAAGCUUCAAUAAAAGCUCCAAAUUCAAAAACCUGUUUAGCAAUAUCGAUCCAUACCGAAACUACACUAGCCCAAUUGAGGCGAUACAUUGCGAGGAUUCUCAGCAGAGUAUGUAUUCUCAAUUACUAUGUGGGCUGUACCAAAACGAUCUAGUCUUUCGACUAGGAUGCUCUUUCGGUACUGGUUUCAUUCAAGCCAUUAAGUUUUUACAGGAACACUGGAAACUUUUUUGUAACGACAUCCGGAAUGGAACUAUAGAAACAGACCACAAAAAAAUUACAGACCCGUCGUUGAGAAAUGCGGUCAUGAGAAUACUAAAACCGAACCCUGAACUUGCUGAUUUCAUCGAGAAUGAGUGCAGGAGAGAUGAAUCGUGGAAAGGGAUUGUGUCCAGGUUAUGGCCUAAUGCGAAGUGUAUGGAUACUGUCGUCUCCGGGACCAUGUCGCAUCAUAUUCGCACAAUUGGUUUUUAUACGAAUGGACUUCCAAUUGUUAGUACUUUGUAUGCGUGUUCGGAGUGUUUCUUAGGCAUAAACCUUAACCCUCUGAGUAGACCCGGUGAAGCGUGCUACACCCUCAUCCCCACCAUGGCGUAUUUCGAGUUUCUGCCAAUGUUCGAGGAAGAGGAUCAUCGAAACAGCGAGUGCAGCAAGCAGGAGGAGCAACAUUGUCAGGAAUUAGUUAAUCUCGUCGAUGUUAAGCUUGGUCAAGAAUAUGAGCUUGUCAUCACCAACUAUGCAGGACUUUAUCGGUAUAGAGUUGGAGAUGUACUACGAGUGGACGGGUUCAAGAACAAUGCUCCUCAGUUCAGGUUUAUCCGCAGAACUAACGAAGUUCUGAGCAUUGAUCUUGAUAAGACAAAUGAAGUCGAGCUCCAAAAUGCAGUGACAAAUGCAGCUGAACAUCUCACGGAUAAGUUAAAUAUAUCUCUUGCUGAAUACACUAGUUUUGCUGACACAUCGACCAAUCCAGGCCACUAUGUACUGUACUGGGAACUUCAGCGAAACAAUAGCAAUGCCACGGCUAUUCUGCCAGUGAUGGAGGAAUGUUGUCUCAUCAUGGAAGAAUCGCUUGGUGCUGAAUAUCGCCAGUUACGUGCUAGCAAGAAUAUAAUAGGACCUCUAGAGAUAAAGAUAGUCGAAACAGGAACAUUCCAAACACUGAUGGAUUAUGCAAGAAACAACGGUUCUUCAUUUGGUCAGUACAAGACACCUCGUAGCUUCAAAUCUGGACCAGUACUGGAGCUUCUAAACUCAGGAGUUCUUUCAAACUACUUCAGCCAGCAAUGCCGACGUCCAUGAAUUCCUGCUGGUUCGUACGAUAUAGAAUUCGUGGGUGUUGCAAGCGCAUGU